AGCUGUCAUUCGAUUUGAGGCUGACAGCAGACGACGCUAUCUUGAUCUUGUUACUAAAAAAGUAAACAUAUAAGUAAAUGAAUUUGGAAAAAUCAACUGAAAAUCAUAUUUUAUAUCAUGAGAAAUAAAAAAUUAUACUUCAAAUUUAAUUUAUCAAGAUUAUUGUUGUAAACGUGGUUAUGAUCAUAUUGACAGUUCAUAACAUAAGAACAUAACCUAAAACUGUAGUUUGCCAUGCUUUUUGUUUGGAAUUAAAUUGAAAUUAAAAUGGCUUUAUCAUACUGUAAAUUAUGUAGUUUACUUUUAACUGAACAUUUCGGGGAGGUUAUUGGCAAAGUUGCUGAUGAUCUACAAUGGGGCCCUAAACUUCUACCAAAUAUUGUUUCCUCGACCGGUUUAAAUACAGCAAAGGUCAAAAAAGCUCUUGCCAUAUUGAUACAAUAUGGGUUUGUAAUGUACGAGAAAAGUAAAUGUCCGUGGCGAGCUGAGUAUAUCUACUUACCUGAAAAAGUACUUCUCCUUCUUCGAUAUCAAAGGUACCUUGAACUGAUAGAUAAUAAGUAUGGAAAUGAAUCUAGGAUGCUUCUUGAAGAAAUAAUGAAACAUGGGAGUUCCACUGAGUCUUCUGCUAUAUUGAAAGCUGUGGAACUAUUGAAAAGUGAUGCCAAAAGUAUCAGCGACUGUGUAGUAGCACUGAGAAACAAGUUUCACAACCUUAUAACCAGUCGGUAUCUGAUUCGGUGUGCAAACCCGUGCAAGAGUGAGACGGCCGAAGAGCCAUCACCAUCAGUGCCGCGACUCGUCGUGAACGAGGUCGAUCUGCACCGGCCGGCGGUCGUCGAUGUCAAUGUCCUCUGCAACGCGGCUGAGGGCCAACCGCACACGGCUCAACACUUCGGAGACGCCAAUGUCCGUUGGAGACUCAACUACGACCGCUUCCAUCAGGAUAUGAGAGACGAAGUGAUGAUAGAUGCAAUGAAAAGACGGUUCGACGACAACGCUGGUGAGCUGAUGAAGCAGCUGUUGCAGUUGAUGUACCUGCGCACCGAGGCCUGGUGCUCGGACUCCAAUCCUGUGCCCGUUCUAGAGCUCAAGGAUGCCGUUGCAAAGAAAUCGGCAAACCCUUAUCUAACACAGUACUUUGAGCAGUAUCUGAAAAUUAUGGAGGAAGAUUCGUGUCGCUUCCUGACCAAAGUGGGCACUGGUGACGUAAGCAACUCGCAGUUGUGUGUGAACAUGGCCAAAGCCUUUCUGCAGCUCACCUCCACCGCUAUAGAAAACGUUGUCGAGCAGCGUUUCGGCAUGAAGGCUGCAAGAAUAUUCAGGCUGGUGAAAACAAAGAAGUUUGUAGAACAGGAGCAAAUUCAACAAUUGGCAAUGAUAUCUGACAAAGAAGCCAAACAAAUCACUUAUAAACUGCUGCAGGAGAACUUCCUACAAAUGCAAGAGCUGAGGAAACCAGCGGCGGGCUCCGGACCCAAUAAGUCCUUCUUCUUGUUCCACGUCGACCUCAAUCUGGUGGUUCAUACUGUAUCAGAAAUGUGUCAUAAAGCCAUAUACAAUGCACUCAUUCGCAGUAGGUCCGAACUAACCAAUCAUAAACGACUUAUGGAGAAACAUGAAAGAUUGGAAGCUGCCUCGGAAUUAUUGCGUGAGCAAGGAACAGACCAGGAACAAAUUGAUGCUCUGGUUGACGAAUGGCUGUCCCUCCCAGAACGUAAUCUAUUGGAGUCGGUUAAAAAAUCGCUGGAAAAGUUGAAAACUGCUGAAAUACAGAUUGACAACACGCUGUUUCUUUUGCAACUUUAUACCUAUUAUCAGCACCUCACAAUGCCCAAAUUCAGCUCUAAAAAGAAGUCGCAAAUUGAGUAAUUGGUGUGCUUGUGCGGAUAUUGAAAAAGUUGUUUAUUGGUUUAUUCACUUUUUAUUUGAAAGUUGUUUUCAUCAAUCGGGGUCCAGGAUUCUAUUUGAUUGUUAUUGUACACAAUUUCACAAGCCAGUUAUUGUUACAGUAAGGUGCCAUUAUAGUGAGAAGUAAAAUUUCAGAGCUAUUGAAAACAACUUUUCCAAAAACAGAUCUAUUAGUUUAACUUUUAACAUUAAUUCAUUAUAAUUAUCUAAAAAUUUUGUUUAUAAUUCCUAACAAUAAUUUAAUGAGUUAUGUUCAUGCAGUAUAAUGCUGUUAUUUUUCUAUUCAAGAAAAAUUCCACUUCAGCACAUCAAUUAAAAUUGAUUUUUCUAUUUCAAUAAUUCUUGGAUAGUAUUAUUUCAAUAAUACUCAUUGGAUUUUGACUUCCAAUUUCACUAUCAGUUUCAAUGGCGCUUAUCUAGUUCAAUAGCAUACAUUUUGUAUGAUGUUUUUUGUGAGAAUGAUGUGAAAUAAAUAUUGAUCUUGUUUAUUUAUUUUUUUCAUUAUAAUUAUAUCCUGCUAUCUAUUAUUCAAUUACUUGGGAUUUACGAUUCAGAAGCAGAGAUGAAAAGAAAUUCUGUUGAGAAUAGUAGUAAAAAAGGUAUUAAAAACCCAAAUAUAUCUACAGUAAAACUGUUACUUCAUUAUCGUUUUAAAAUAUUCUCUUCUGUGAAUCUGAUUUUUUGAUCGGGGUUUCCUCAUUUGAAUCAGACCAAAACUUGGAUUCAUAAAACAAUUUGAAGCCCAAAAUUUCACUAAAAGGUGAGCACUACAAAGUUUCAUUUCAAUUAAGAGACCUAUUAAACAAAAUUCAUGGAAUUUUUAUUUCAAAUAAUGACAGUUACAUUUCUAUAAUUUAAUUCAGUUUUGAAUCUCUACAGCUAAAUUGUGAUGGUCGGUUAAGAUCAGUGGCUAAUAGUACUCGUAUUUUAUUAACACUUGGAAGAUAAAUAAAUAAGAACACAUACAUAUUAUAUAAGCAAAACAAAACAAUUAUAUUACAAAUUAUGGAUAAAAUAUUUUAGUAAUAACAUAAUACUAUUAACGUAAACAGCCAGAACUAUUCAAAUCUUAUCCCAAAUCACAAUAUUUUAUAAACCUUCACCAACUUUAUCAUCAUACUGUUGUAUAAAAUAUAUAUUUAUAUUUCUUCUAUAUUCUGUUUUAACUGUACAUAAAAUAUAUAUAUUGAAAUCUCAUAAAAUCUUAUAACUAAUCAAAUGCAAAUAACAACACAUUUAAACUAUUCAAAUAAUAAGCUGCGUUUCUAUAAUGUAGGUUAUAUUUCAAGUAAUCAAGCUUUCAACAUCCAAUAAUCAUUCAACUGUAAGUCUUUCAACUUUCAAAUUAUUAGAAAAUAAUUCUUAUGAGUUCAUCAGUUAAACUUUGAGGAUAAAAUAUUUAAAAGUACAGCUAUUUCAUACAAAAUAACACACAGGACACAAUCCCAGUCCCACAAUCACAUAAAUAAUAGAUUUAUUUUUGUGAAAUUAAAAAGAACCUAGUAAAUUCAGUCAUUGAUACUGAAAUAGAUACUUUCUGUUAUAUCUUUCAAUUUCUUUUUUUAUAAAUAUAGCCUAAUUAUUUUGUAAAAAUUCUCUACUACUUGUUCUCCUGAUAAGAAAAUUCUUUUUGAAAACAAUAACUGAAUUCAAAUUUAAAAUUUUUUUCAAGUCAUACAGACUUGAAUUCCUGUUUCUAUUUAUUAUUAUUACAAUAACAUGUAAUAUUUUUUACCUACAGAUAUGAUUAUAACGAUAAUCGUAUAAUUUAUGGUUAAAUGACAUUACAUUUAGGUUAAUAAUUUCAUAUAUAAUAAUGCAUGGGAUAGUGGAAUCAAAUUAUAUAGCUGGUGCUAGAAAUGAGUUCUUUUAGAUUGAAUAGUAUCUAAAGCAACAUUCAAUUACAGUCGUAUUAUUUGAAAACGACAGAAUAAUUCAGAUAGAAUAUCAGAGAAAUUUAUUGGCCGGUCCUCAAUAUUAAUUUA